CUUUCUCUCUUUAUUGUCUACAGACGCAGAAGCAGGUGUGGACAAGCCCGCUCUGGAGAACUGCGAUAAAAGAUAUACAUCUGACACAAUGUCUUCAAGUCUCACCCAGUCUUCUUUCACUUUGGAUGUCCAUGCCAACCGCUCGUCCCCCCCCGGGCCUAAGCCCAGCCCGGAGGAUUGGCAAGCUGAGGCAGGCCGAGUGGUCCAGAUGGUGGCCACCAUCCUCAUUUUUCUGGUGGGCAUACCCUUGAACGGGCUGGUGGUGUGGGCGUUGGCGUGGCGAGGCCGUCUGGAGCGGCGUGGGAGCAGGGGCGAGAGCAGAGGCGCCAACAGCUUCCGGGUGUACGUGGUGAACUUGGCCCUGGCCGACCUGGUGCUGCUGUUUCGGACGCCCCUGGCCCUGGGCUACCUGGCCCACGGCUACAGCUGGCCCUUCGGCGUCGCUUUCUGCAAGCUGGUGAUUUUCCUGCGCUGCCUGGGUCUCUAUGCCGCCGCCUUCUUGCUGUGCGCCGUGGCUCUGGAGCGCUGCCUGUGUCUGCUCCGGCCUGUCUGGGCAAGUCUCCGGCGACCGCGCUGGGCGGUGCCCCUGGCUUGUGGACUCCUGUGGACUCUGGCCACCGCUCUGGCAGCGCCCUACUUCCACACCGCCACCUUAAAGGAGAUGAACGGCACCCACCAGUGUUGGGAUAGCGACGGGCCCAGUAUGGGUCUGUUUGUUACCGAGACGGUGGCUGGCUUCAUGCUGCCGCUGCUGGUCUUCCUGGGGAGUAACGUCGCCGUGCUGCUCUCUGCCAGACAGGCCGACACAGCCACGCCCACAUCCUCGUCUUCACCAGCAUCCACAGCCAGGAUUCUCAGGCUGUACCGUGUGCUCUUCCUCACGAUGCUCCUCUUCCUCACCUGCUGGGUGCCGUACUUCACCUGUCGAUUCCUGCGGGCUCUGUCCGAUGGGCGGCCAGAGCUGGCGGGGCUGUACAAAGCCUCGUUGAAGGCCACAUACGUCUCUCUGUUCCUGGUCUAUUUGAAAAGUGCCCUCAAUCCCGUCCUGUACGUGUUCGCUGCCCGUGGGCUGGGGAAGGCCGUGAAGGCAUCCCUCAUCUCCACCAUCGAGCGGGUGUUUGACGACUCAGAAUCCAUUCGUAGGAAGUCACUCCGGAGGGGUAACUCCCAGAUCUAGCAGAACCUAGCUCCGCAACCCGAAAGACUGAAUCUUCUGUCCCAUGCACAUUACACUCUGGAUUGCAAAGUUAUAUAAAGAUGGUCUUGUGGACUAUGUUGGCAUUACUUCUGUGGGUAAAUGCCUUUGAAGUUCUGCACUACUGUUCACUGUGACCGGUCUACAAUUUGUAUUACUGAACAGCUGAGCAGACCAAAUGCAAUAUGGAAUCUCCAUGUUGACAUAAGGCACCACAUACUGAGUUACUAAAGAAGGGGACAUUACCCAAGUCAACAUAAUAGACACUUUAUUUCUUUCUGUGACACAAAACCAAUGUGUUCAGAUAUUGGCACAUGCCGAGCUGGAGAACACUGAUUGUGGACAAAACGACUUUCUGCAUUAGUUGGAAACACGGAUGCUCUUUUGCACCAUCCAUUUGCAUUAAUGUGUUGGAUUAAUCAAUAAAAGCUGUAUAAAAUAUAUAUUAAACAAAUAUUUAUGUUGUAAUACUUAUUCCAAAUUAAGUAAUAGAAAGUUAACAUGUUUGAAGCCACAUACAGACUGGGAUGAAUGAGACAAGAUAUUACCAGAUAUUCAGUUGAUCAAAGUGAACUAAAUACAUGUCUAACCUUCAACAUUUGUAAUACCAUGGACUAUUGGAAUGAAUUAAAA